CCGAGGCCAACAACACACAUACCAACAUUGGAUAGACGGCUGAAUCUGAUUGGCUGUUGGCCUCAGUACCAUACUGCACACAUGAGUGUGUAGACGCUUUCUGUGUGUGACUUUUAGUGAAAUAAGUUCUAUAAGUAGCGAUGUCGUGGAGUAACGAUACUGUAUUAGAAUUCAUAGAACUUUACAAAAAGGAACAAAUACUUUGGGAUCCAAAACAUCCUUUGCAUAGAAAUAGAAGUGAAAUUACGGAUGCUUGGCUUCGAAUACAAAUGUCUUUGAGCAUAAAUUGUACGAUCCCUGACCUCAAAAAGAAAAAAGAGUCUCUGAUGACGUCGUUUAGGAUGCAUUUAAACAAAAAGAAAAAUCAAGAGGGCUAUCACACGCCAUGGUUUGCCUAUCCGCUGAUGGAAAGCUUUCUUGGCGGGAGAUACGAAUGCGACAGUACAAAUCAAAUGGAAAGCGAGUUCUUUGACACAUCUUACAACUCGCUACAAGUGAGCGACCACAAAAGUCGAACCACCGCCCAUUGUAUUCGAAUCAACGCAGAUGGGUCGCCAUACAAACCCGCUGGAAGCGCAGCGCAGUCCCAGAGCAAAUGUGGUACUGAAAUUUACAUCAAGAAGAACCCAUCAGACACAUCGAAGUUGAUAAAAAAUAAUGCUGAGAAGCGCGAAGCCGACGAAUACGACCUAUACGGCCAGCUUUUGGCGAAGAAAUUAAGGAAACUGGAUGAGCACCAGCGUGACGUCACUAUGCACGAGAUAGACAACAUCAUGUUUCGCGCCAAAAUGCAGAGCUCGUCGCAGGCCGGCAGGUACUCCCCGCCUUCCCCGGCGCAGAGGAAAGUGAAGUCUCCUGUGUUCAUUGUCACUCACUCUCAAAGCCGCCUGGAGUAUGAAGACGAGAACGUACCAUACCAAGAUCAACUGCAGACCCAACCACCUUCUUAAGACUAUUUCCUGCCUAUUGAUUUUCCUACCUACUUAUUGAUUGUUCUAAAAAUAGGUUACUUGUUGUUACUAGAUUGUGCAUAAAUAUUUUUAUAGAUUUUGAUAAAUAAUUAAUAAGUUAAUUUAUUAA